AUGCUUAACAAGGAGUUUGUGCUUCAUGGCCUCAUGGCCGCAGUGGCCCUUGCUACAGUACUACAUACACGUAGCAGAUUGCAACAGGAUCUGACGCACAUGCGAUGGCUCUCAACAGUCCACUCGCUGGUGGUUCGAGAUACUUUUGGAAAACCCGUGCAACUCCAAAGCUUCGCUGGCAAGGUCAUGCUCAUCGUUAACAUUGCUUCCAGAUGUGGACUGACUUCCUCUCAGUAUGAUGGUCUCAAAUACUUAUUGGAGGCAUAUGAGGAGCGUGGAUUGAGUAUUCUUAACUUCCCGUGCAAUCAAUUUGGCGGCCAGAUGCCCGAGUCCGACGGCCAGGAGAUGCUGGAUCACCUUCGCAAGGAAGGAGCCAAUAUAGGACACAUCUUUGCCAAGAUAGAUGUGAAAGGACCUCAGGCAGAGCCACUCUACAAGCUCCUGACUCACUACCAGCCAGAUAUCGAGUGGAAUUUCGUCAAGUUUCUGGUGGAUCGGAAGGGGAAUUUGCACAAGAGAUAUGGCGCCGAGCUGGAUCCAGUUGCCCUGGCCGAUGACAUUGAGCUGCUGCUCGCCAGAUGAGCUCGAAUAAAUAGCGCAACACGCGUGUUUUUGCUCAGUG